AUCUCAAAGUCCAAGGAAGUGGCUGUAUGAAAAGCCAUGGGAAGCUGAGCUCCAAGGACAGAGACAACUUUUCAAGCUUAUGUUGCUGCUUCUUGAUACAUAGCUGCUCUGAAUGAGCAAACUGUAUAGGAAAGAUGAAAUUUGAAGAUCUCUUACUGGAAAUUGGUGGCUUUGGCAGAUUUCAGAUUUUGAUUUUGUUAAUCCUCUGCCUCCCAAGAAUCAACCUUCCCAUGCAUUUCCUAUUACACAACUUUCUUGCUGCUACUCCCUCUCACCAUUGUGCAAUUCCGCAUCAGGAAGAAUUUGUGAACCUCACCACGGAGGAAAUUCUGCUCAUCAGCAUCCCCCGGGAGCCUGAUGGCACCUUCAGGUCUUGUGAGAUGUUCUCACAGCCUCAGUUUCACCUACUUCUCAAUUCCUCUCUGCAAGCAGACAACGACUCCGUCACCCAGGACUGCCAGUAUGGGUGGGUCUACGACCACUCGCAGUUCACCUCCACCAUCUCCACUGAGUGGGACCUCGUGUGUGAGCAGCGUGGGCUGAACCAGGCGACCGCGACCUUCUUCUUCGUUGGAGUCACGAUCGGGGCUGUGGUGUUUGGAUACCUUUCGGACAGGUUCGGCCGGAAAUCUAUCCUCAUGCUGUCAUUUAUGUUAUCUGUCACAUUUGGGAUGCUGAGUGCCUGCUCCGUCUCCUACAGCAUGCUGGCUGUCACAAGAACCCUCACCGGGGUGGCCCUGAGUGGUGUGUCCCUGAUCAUCUUGCCUCUGGGGAUGGAGUGGGUGGACACAGAGCACCGCACCUUCUCUGCGGUCCUGACCAGCAUCUCCUGGAGCGUAGGGAACAUGCUGCUGGGCAUGACAGCAUACCUGGUGAGGGAAUGGCACUGGCUCUUGGUUGCCGUGACGGGACCUUGUCUUCUGAGCAUCAUCUGCCUGUGGUGGGUCCCAGAGUCUGCCCGGUGGCUCAUAGCCAACGGCAAAGUGAAACAAGCCCACAAGCAUCUGCUUAGAUGUGCAAGAAUGAAUGGAAGGAAAGACUUCACUGUCUCACUGGAGGCUCUUAGAGGAAUGACUACUGAGAAAAAGCCAAGUGAGAGUUUCUCCUACAUCAGCUUGUUCAGGACACCAGUCCUGCGGAAGAUCUCUGUGUGCUCUGGCACAGUGUGGUUUGGUGUUGCCUUCUCUUAUUACGGCAUGAGUAUGAACCUAACUGGCUUUGGGCUCAACAUGUAUCUCUCCCAGUUUGUCUUUGGCAUCAUUGAGAUUCCAGCCAAGAUACUCAUGUACGUGCUGGUGAAUCGAAUUGGACGGCGGCACUGCCAGGCGUGGUCACUCAUCCUGACCGGACUGUGCAUAGGAGCCAAUAUCAUCAUUCCUAAAUCUCUCACUUCUCUACGCUCUGUGAUGGCCAUUAUGGGCAAAGGUUUCUCAGAAGCUGCAUUCACCACUGUCUACUUGUACACCUCUGAGCUCUACCCCACCGUCCUGAGGCAGAAUGGAAUGGGAUACACCUCCUUCACAGCACGCCUCGGUGGGUCUUUGGCCCCACUUGUGUUCCUGCUGGAUGAUGUGUGGAAGUCUCUGCCUGAGGUGACAUACUGUGGUGUAGCAGUGUUCUGUGGCUCGGUGGCCUUCUUGCUCCCAGAGACACUCAAUGUGCGCCUGCCUGAGCGCAUUGAGGACAUCGAGAAGACACAAGUGAAAGGACCGCUACAAACCAGCGCUCCUGAGGGUUUGCCAUUACAGUCUCUUCUGAAGUGAAGGACUCCAUGGAAAAGCCAUAGACAAUGUGAAGGACUGCAAAACUGAGCCGUAAUCUGGCCUACCAAUGGACUCUCCUCCUGGUCUCUCUCUGCAGGGAAGUGGGGCUGAGGAUGUACAUGGAAGGAGGUGGAUCAUAAAACCAGCUGGAGGGAGCCAACCCUGCUCUGCAGUGUGGUCAGGAUCAAAAGUGCUCAGGUCUAACAGGAUCUGGAAAUAAAAGGACUCUAAGUUUGGCUCUUCCAGUCUUGUUGGACCAGCAGCACCUUUCAGAUCACUGCACAGCCUUCCAGAAGCUAUAGCUAUAUAGGUUGACAAACCACAAGAAAUGUAAAAGAGCAAUAAAAGCCACUGAGUGUGAAUUGUACAAAAACAAAUCUUAAAUAAAUCUAGCUGGAUGGGUGAACCAUAAA